AUGCCGUCCUCAAGGCGGACGCUUCUUCUAUCCUCCCUUCUCUUAUCCUCCUCCCCCUUCACAUCCGCCUUCUACCUCCCCGGUGUCGCACCGAGCUCCUAUGAUAAAGGGCAAGCUGUGCCGCUCUACGUAAACCACCUCACGCCUGGGAUCGCCGCGCAGGAUGACCAACUUCAUGCUGUACUCUCCUACGAUUAUUAUAACCCGAUAUUCCACUUUUGUCAGCCAAAGGAUGGACCGAAAGAUGUUCGAGAAUCUCUAGGUAGUAUCAUUUUUGGCGACCGCAUCCGUACUUCGCCGUUUGAAUUACACAUGGGCGAAAACGAGACGUGUAAAUCUGUUUGUGAGGAAGUAACAUUUGGUCCUCGCGAUGGACGAUUCACAAACAACCGCAUCCAGCAGGCUUAUGAUAUCAACUGGCUUGUUGACGGACUCCCUGCGGCCAUGGUGAGCUUGGAUCCAAUUACGCAUGCAGAGUUCUAUAGCCCCGGCUUUCUUUUGGGCACGGUCGAUGACAAUGGCGAGAAAAUGUUAAACAACCAUUUCGACAUUCUCAUUGAUUACCACAAGGUCGCUGGUCUUCCUUCUCAGGAAACCAAAUACAGAGUUGUUAGCGUCCUGGUGCAACCCGCUUCUCGGGGCAAUUCUUUCAUUGAGAGCAGUGGUCAAGUCGACUGUGGUGAAGGUGGCUCUCCGAUGAUUCUGAGUGAGACCCAAGAUACCAAAGUUGUUUGGACCUACAGUGUAUAUUGGCGGGAAUCAGACACUGCCUGGGCAACUCGAUGGGAUAAAUACCUCCAUGUUUUUGACCCAAAGAUCCACUGGUUCUCUUUGAUCAAUUCUUCCGUCUUCGUGGUAUUUCUCGUUGGAAUGGUUAGCAUGAUUCUCAUCCGGGCUUUGAGGAAAGAUAUUGCGCGCUACAAUCGACUGGACCAGAUUAAUCUGGAUGACCUUAAUGGCACCUCUGUUGUUGAGGAUGGCAUCCAGGAAGACUCAGGUUGGAAAUUGGUACAUGGCGACGUUUUCCGAUGCCCCAAGAGCCCACUGUUGCUCAGUGUUUUGCUUGGUAACGGUAUACAAUUAUUUGUUAUGACUGGUGUUACUGUGGCCUUUGCGCUCUUCGGCCUUCUUUCUCCAGCAAACCGAGGUUUCUUGGGUACCACAAUUCUGAUUCUGUACACGUUGUUUGGUUUUAUUGGUGGCUAUGUCUCUUCGCGCGCCUACAAAUCAUUCGGUGGUGAAGCUUGGAAGCGGAAUAUCGUGCUGACGCCUUUACUCGUUCCGACCAUGGUUUUUAUCUGGUUUUUCCUUAUGAAUUUGUUUGUCUGGGCGAAAAACUCUAGCGGUGCUGUUCCAUUUACAACAAUGAUCGCUAUGGUUCUUAUUUGGUUCGUAAUCAGCCUGCCUCUAAGCUUUGCUGGCAGCUGGCUAGGAUUCAAGUCACAGGCUUAUGAAGCCCCGACAAAGACCAACCAAAUCCCUCGACAGAUUCCCCCGCCUGCAGGAACUCUACGGCCUAUCCCGUCGCUCCUGCUUACUGGCAUUCUGCCAUUUGCAGCCAUCUUCGUUGAGUUGUACUUGAUCAUGAACUCACUCUGGACCAGCAAGAUCUACUAUAUGUUCGGCUUUUUGUUCCUCUGCUAUGGGCUGAUGAUUAUUACCACUGCGGCUACUACUAUUUUGCUGGUUUACUUCAUGUUGUGCGCUGAAGACUACCGCUGGCAAUGGCGAGCUUUCAACGGCGCUGGUAUGACUGGAUUUUAUGUUUUUAUGAAUGCCCUUCUCUUCUGGGCAACCCGAGUAAGCUUCGGUGGGCUGACGGGUGCGGUAUUGUACCUCGGAUAUUCUGCUUUGAUCGCUUUCUUGGUUUAUAUCCUGACUGGAACAAUUGGAUUUUUCGCUAGUUGGGCUUUUGUGCGGAAAAUCUACGGAUCUAUUAAGGUGGAUUAG